CUCCCAUUCUCACAGAGGCUUUCCCUCGAUGCUGGACGAGCCUCUCAGUUCUCAUUCUGUCUGCAGAGGGACAUCAGCUCUGACUUUCCAUCCGUAUUAUUAUAGGACACUUGAACAGAUUGAUUCAUGAGCUGCUGACUGUCUCUCUGUUUAAACAUGAAGAUCAGGCUGUGUUUCGCCGCUGCUGCACUCUUAACUUUAUUACUGAAUUCAGUCGAGGCUCAAGUGGAGCCCCCAUCAGACUUGAAAUUUAAAAUCAUAAAUGAGAAUACUGUGCUGAUGUCAUGGAGGAGACCUUUAUCUAACGUACAUGGCUUCAAAAUACAAGUAACAUCAGACACCGAUGAUUCCAGAGAUUUAAAUCUCCCUGAAUCGGCCACAAGCACAUCUAUCACGGAUCUAACUCCAGAUGUGGACUAUUCAGUGGCAAUCAGUUCAUAUUUUGGCACAGAAGAAAGUAUUCCUAUUCUUGGCCAAAUCACUAUUCAAUCCAGUAACACCAAUGAAACCAGAAAGCCACAGUCAGAAGUGAUCAAAUGUUCAGUGAGUGCCAUUGCGGAUCUGGUUUUUCUGGUGGAUGGCUCUUGGAGUGUGGGAAGAGAAAACUUUAAAUACAUUCGGAGUUUCAUUGUGGCCAUGGCAGGAGCCUUUGACAUUGGGGAGGCUAAGACCAGAGUGGCUGUGGUACAGUACAGCUCAGACAUCAGAACAGAAUUUAAUCUGAACCAGCAUUACAAACGGCCCAACCUUCUCCGAGCCAUCAAAAAUCUGCCCUACAAGGGUGGUAACACCAUGACAGGUGAAGCAAUGGACUAUCUCGUAAAAAACACUUUCACUGAGGCAGCCGGCUCAAGGAAAGGCUUCCCCAAAGUAGCCAUGAUCAUCACGGAUGGAAAGUCUCAGGACCCAGUGGAGGAGUACGCCAAACGACUGAGGAACAUCGGAGUAGAGAUCUUUGUUCUGGGUAUCAAAGAAGCAGAUGAGGAUGAGUUAAAGGAGAUAGCCUCAACUCCUCACAGCAAGCAUAUCUAUAAUGUUCAGAACUUCGACAUGAUCGAUCAGGUCCAGAAGAAGCUCAUCAGUGAGGUGUGCUCCGGAGUGGAGGACCAGCUAAAUGCCCUAGUAAGCGGAGGAGAAGUUGUCGAACCAGCUUCAAACCUGAAAGUAACGGACAUCUCCUCCAAGUCCAUGAGGAUUACAUGGGAUGCAUCUCGUGGAGAUGUCACAGGCUACAAGUUGCAGCUCAUCCCCACCAUUGCCGGCGCCAAGAGGCAGGAGCUAUACACGGGGCCCACAAUGACCAUGGCCAACGUAAGAGAUCUGUCACCAGAGACUGUAUACGAGAUCAGUCUUUUCGCCCUCAAAGACCUAACCCCAAGCGAGCCAAGAACUACCACAGAGAAAACUCAGCCUGUGAAGAUAUCUACAGAGUGUUCACUAGAGGUGGAAGUUCAGGCUGAUGUUGUUCUGCUUGUGGAUGGCUCCUACAGUAUAGGACUGCCUAAUUUUGCCAAAGUUAGAGCCUUCCUCGAAGUGCUGGUCAAUUCCUUUGACAUCGGAGCCAACAAGGUGCAGAUCAGCCUGGUUCAGUACAGCAGGGAUCCUUUCACCGAGUUCGCCUUGAACAAGCAUCAUGACAUUGCUUCAGUGGUCAAGGCCAUCCGCACCUUCCCCUAUCGUGGAGGAUCCACCAACACUGGUAAAGCUAUGUCCUACGUGAGGGAAAAGAUCUUCGCCACCGGCCGGGGUGCCCGCAGUAACGUUCCACGGGUCAUGGUCCUCAUCACGGACGGCAAGUCUUCAGACUCCUUUAAAGAUCCGGCCAAUAAACUGAAGAAUGCAGAUGUUGAGAUUUUUGCUGUGGGAGUGAAGGACGCAGUACGCACCGAGCUGGAGGCGAUUGCCAAUGCUCCUGCUGAUAACCAUGUGUUUGAGGUGGAAGACUUUGAUGCUUUUGAGCGUAUCUCAAAGGAACUGACCACAUCCAUCUGCUUAAGAAUUGAGCAGGAGCUACAUAACAUCAAGAAAAGAAGUUUAAUUCCGCCCAGAUCUCUGAGCUUCUCUGAAAUCACAUCCAGGAGCUUCAGGACCUCGUGGAUUUCUGAUGCAGAGGAUGUCCAGUCUUUCCUGGUGCGUUUUAGGCCAGCGGCUGAUGUAACUGGAGACUAUAUCUCAAUGGUGGUUGACAGUGACACCACCUCUGUCAUUUUACCCAAUCUCAUCCCCCUGACCACAUAUGAGGUUAACGUCAUCGCUCAGUAUGACAAAGGAGACAGCUUUCCUUUGACGGGAGAAGAGACGACUUUAGAAGAGAAAGGCCCUGUUCGUAACCUCAUGGUGAGCGAGGAGAACGUGGACAGCUUUCGUGUUUUGUGGAAAGCCGCACCAGGAGCAGUGCUGAGAUAUAAACUGUUGUAUGAGCCUGUUGGUGGGGGAGAUAAACUGGAAGCAGAGACCGAUGGGAGUCAGGUCACGAUCGUGCUCCAUGAGCUGCUUCCUAUCACCACCUACCGUGUCACAGUGUACCCUGAGUAUGCCGGUGGAAAUGGGCCCUCCUUGGACACAGAGGGCACCACUAAAGAAGUUCGGGGCUCUCCGCUUGAUCUGAGGGUCUUCAAUGAGACCGUGUCCAGCAUGAGGCUCUCGUGGCGGGCAGCUCCAGGAAAUGUGCUUCAGUAUAAUGUGGCGUACAAACCCGAUGGUGGGGAGAGGAAAGAAAUUAACGUGAAAGGGGACACAACUUCUGCUCUGCUGAAAAAUCUGCUACCUGACACGGAUUAUGAGCUGUUUGUUAGUGCCCGUUACUCUUCUGGGCUCGGAGAUCCACUUUUGGGAACAGGCACCACUCUGGAAGAGCUUGGAUCUCCUUCCAAUCUGGUUACUUCAGAUGUGACCGAGAGCAGUUUUGUAGCUUCCUGGACUGCCGCCCCUGGAAACGUUCGCGGUUAUCGGGUCACCUGGAAAUCCCUCUUUUCAGAGGAAUCUGGAGAGAAAACCAUCCCCGGGGACAUCACCACCACGGUUCUGGACGGGCUGACACCGGAAACCCGCUACAAGGUUUCUGUCCAUGCUGCCUACAGCCGGGAGGAGGGGAAACCACUCCACGGAGAGGAGACCACAGAUGUGUCGGCCGCUGGUAGAGUUCUUAUGGUAUCAGAAGAAACGGAGAGGACCAUACGGGUGACAUGGCAACCAGCCCCCGGUAACGUGGUCAACUACAGGGUGACGUACAAACCUCAGGGAGAUGUGCGUCAGUUGGCCUCCAAAGCACCAGGGGGCACCAACACUUUAGUCCUGAGACGCCUGCAGUCCGUGACCACUUACGAUAUCACUGUAGUUCCCGUCUACAAGUUUGGAGAUGGAAGAGCAAGACUAGGAGAAGGAACAACAUUGUCUCCAUACAAAGCCCCCCGAAACCUUCAAACUUCCGAGCCCACUAAGACCAGUUUUAGGGUUACGUGGGACCCAGCCCCUGGAGACGUGAAGGGCUACAAGGUCAUUUUCCAUCCCGCUGAGAAUGAAGUGGACCUGGAAGAGCUGCUGGUCGGCCCUUAUGACAACACUGUUGUUUUGGAGGAGUUAAGGGCCGGCACUAAGUACUCAGUGAACGUGUUUGGCAUGUUUGAGGGAGGUGAAAGUCUUCCACUGGCUGGAGAGGAGAAGACCACCCUCUCUGAUGGUCCACCUGACCCUGGACCCUUUGAACCUUCAGAUGUAACAUGCAAAGCGAAAGCUCAGGCUGAUAUCAUCUUGCUUGUGGAUGGAUCUUGGAGUAUCGGCCGUCUAAACUUUAAGACCAUAAGGGCUUUCAUCGCCCGCAUGGUGGGAGUUUUCGACAUCGGCCCUGAUCGUGUCCAGAUCGGUCUGGUGCAGUACAGCGGAGAUCCAAAGACAGAGUGGCAUCUAAACACUCACAGAACCCGACCAGAACUGAUGGAUGCUGUGGCCAAUCUGCCCUACAAAGGAGGAAACACUAUGACUGGCCUUGCGUUGAACUACAUCCUUCAGAGCAACUUCAAAGCUAAUGUCGGUAUGCGUCCAAACUCCCGGAAGAUCGGCGUCCUCGUCACUGAUGGCAAGUCGCAGGACGACAUCUCAAUAAACUCUGAAAACCUGCGGGGCCAGGGCAUUGAGCUGUAUGCCAUCGGUGUGAAGAAUGCAGAUGAAGGCGAGCUGAGGACCAUUGCUUCAGACCCUGAUGAUAUCCACAUGUACAACGUGGCCGAUUUCUCCUUCCUGUUAGACAUUGUGGAUGACCUGACAAACAACUUGUGUAACAGCGUCAAAGGUCCAGGAGGAGGGCCAGAGCCACCCACUGAUCUUAGGACCUCAGAUGUUACCCAUUACUCUUUCCGUGCCACCUGGGUCGGCCCUGACGGUCCUGUAGAAAAGUACAGAAUUGAGUAUGUGAGCACGGCAGGAGGACAGCCUCAGGAGUUGUUUGUUGACGGGACAGUGACGACUGUGGUUCUGGAGAGUCUCACGCCUCUGACAGAGUACAUAGUCAAGGUUUACUCGGUAGUGGGAGAGGACAGCAGUGACCCUCUCAAGGGCACAGAGACGACUUUGCCUCUCAGUGGUGUGAGGAAAAUGAACAUCUACAGAGAGCGCUCCACCACUAUGAAUGUGAGAUGGGAUGUGUCCGAGGGCGCCACCAGCUACAAGAUUCUUUACAGAGCCUUGAACUCAACUCAACCCUCUGUGGAGAAGGAGAUGCGUGUGAAAGGAAAGGUCACUGAGGUGCAGCUGAAGAAACUUCGUCCCAACACAGCCUACACCAUCUCUGUCGUCACCUUCCAUGGCAAAACCGCCAGUGACCCUCUGACUGAUCAGGGGGUGACCCUAAAUAUGCCUCCGUCCGGGGAGUUGAUAAUCAGCGAUGUUACCCACAGCACUAUGAUGCUAGAAUGGGAUGCUGCUCCUGGUGCUGUUCGUAAAUACAUCAUCACUUAUAAGCCAUCGGAUGGGGAGUCCAAAGAGCUUGAAGUUGACGGCGAUGUGACAACAAGAGGUCUGGAUGAUCUCAUUUCCCAAACGGAAUAUGAUGUGGCCGUAACUCCGGUGUACGACUCUCGAUCUGGGAACCCAAUGCUGAACCAAGCCAUUACCGAUGUUGUUCCAGCUCCAAAGAACCUGAGGUUCUCUCAAGUGACUCUAACUAGUUUCAGGGUUCACUGGGAGCAUGGCGCUCCAGACGUUUCCCUGUACCGUAUCGGAUGGACUAAGAGUGGAGAGAACAAGUUCCAAUAUGACAUCUUGAGCAAUGAGGACACCACCAGCCUCCUGGAGGGCCUCGACCCAGACACCCUGUAUGAUGUAUCUAUCACUGCCAUUUAUCCCGAUGAGUCUGAGAGUGAAGAUCUUAUGGGCAGUCAGCGCACUUUGUCCAAGAUAAUUACACCUGCUCCCAGUGGACCCCCUCAAAACCUUCAGGUAUUUAACGAGACCACCACGUCCCUCACCGCCCAAUGGGAACACGCGCCUGGACGAGUCCAGAACUACAGGAUCACCUAUGUGCCAGUCGCCGGAGGCAGAACGCAGUCGUCAGUGGUUGGAGGGAAGAAAAACACAGCCGUCCUGCAGAAACUGACCCCUGAUACACCCUAUACCAUCACUGUAGCUGCAGUCUAUGCGAACGGAGAGGCAAAAGAUAUUUCCGGUCAAGGAAAGACAUUACCGCUGGGAGGCGUGAGAAACCUCCGGGUCACAGACCCCACUGUCAGCACCUUGAAUGUACGCUGGGAGCCUGCCGAGGGGAGCGUGAAGCAGUACAGGAUUUACUACCAGCCCGUCAGAGGAGGCGCCGAGGACAUGGUCCAGGUUCCUGGAUCGAGCACCAGUACAGUUCUGAAGAUCCUGCAGUCGGACACUGAAUACAGAGUAACGGUGGUGCCGGUUUACGCAGCUGGAGAGGGCAGGCGCAUGUCUGAGAAUGGAAAAACCUUGGUGCGGACCCCCGCAAGGAACAUCCAGGUUUACAACCCCACCACAAACACCCUGAACGUGCGCUGGGAGCCGGCCUCCGGGGAUGUGCUGGAGUACCGCGUCGACUACGCCCCCCUGUCCGGAGCCCGACCCUCCGAAUCCGUUAUGGUUCCAGGAAACACAAACACGGCCUUGCUGGAGCAGCUGAUUCCAGAGAUGGAGUACUCCGUCAGUGUGGUGGCCCGGUAUGCUGAUGGCGAGGGUUCCUCGGUGUCUGACAAUGGAAAAACAUUGGGUCUCCUAGAGCCUCGUAACCUGCGUGUUUCAGACGAGUGGUACACUCGUUUCCGUGUCUCUUGGGACCCUCCUGCUGCACGGGUCAAUGGUUAUAAACUGGUCUACACACCAGUGGGCACAGAUAACACCAUGGAAGUGUUUGUUGGAGACGUGACCACACAUAUCCUGCAAAACCUCCAACCCGGCACUACCUAUGACCUGAAGGUUUACGCCCAGUAUGAUGCUGGCGUGAGCGGAGCUCUCGCCGGACAGGGAACCACUCUGUAUCUCAACGUGACUGACCUCCAGACAUACAAUGUGGGCUUUGACUCCUUCUGCAUUAGAUGGACGCCGCACCGGGCCGCCACCUCAUACAGACUAAAAGUCAACCCUGUCAUUCCAUCUAACCGUGGUGCUCAAGAGGUCACCAUAACCGCUACCGAGAGCCAGUACUGUUUCGACGGGCUGACGCCAGACACGCUGUACAACGCCACCGUCUACACGCAGACCCCCAAUGACGAGGGUCCAGGAGUCAGUGUGAAGGAACGCACAUUGGUGAAGCCAACCGUAGCCCCAACAACACCCCAACCUCCUCCACCACCUCCCACCAUCCCCGGUGCUCUCGAGGUGUGCAAAGGAGCCAAGGCUGACCUGGUGUUCCUGAUCGAUGGCUCGUGGAGUAUCGGAGAUGAAAGCUUUGCUAAAGUCCGUCAGUUUGUCUUCAGCAUGAUCGGAGCCUUUGACGUCAUUAGUCAUGUCGGCAUGCAGGUGUCUUUUGUACAGUACAGCGAUGGCGCUAAAACGGAGUUUAAGCUGAACACCUACCACGACAAAGGAAAGGUCCUGUCUGCUCUCCAGAUGAUCAGCUACAGAGGAGGAAACACCAAAACAGGUGCUGCACUGAAGCAUGUUGAAGAGAAGGUGUUCACUUCAGACAGCGGGAUGAGGAGGACCGUUCCUAAGGUGCUGGUUGUGGUGACAGAUGGGCAAUCUCAAGAUGAAGUGAAGAAGAGUGCCGCUAAACUUCAGCAUGCAGGCUACAGUGUGUUUGUGGUGGGCGUCGCAGACAUUGACAUUGCAGAACUGAAGAAUAUUGGAAGCAAGCCAAGCGAGAGACACGUCUUUGUCGUGGACAACUUUGACGCAUUCGCUAAGAUCCAGGACAACCUUAUUACCUUUAUCUGCGAAACUGCAACAUCCACAUGUCCUUUGAUUUACCUCGAUGGAUUCACAUCACCAGGCUUCAGGAUGCUGGAAGCGUUUAACAUCACCGACAGGACAUUUGGCGGCAUGAACGGAGUCUCCAUGGAGACCGGAUCCUUUAACAGUUACAUCGCAUACAGACUCCAUAAGGAUGCGUUCAUUUCCCAACCCACAAAGGAAAUCCAUCCAGAAGGUCUUCCUCCCUCCUACACCCUCAUUCUCCUCUUCCGUCUCCUCCCAGACACGGGCAAGGACGCCUUUGAUAUAUGGCAGAUAGCCGAUAAGAAUAACAACCCGGAGGUUGGACUCACCCUUGACCCCUCCAGCCGAACCAUUUCGUUCUACAACAAGGACACGAGGGGUGAAAUCCAGAAAGUCUCCUUUGAUAAUGACCACGUGAAGAAAGUCUUCCAUGGCAGUUUCCACAAGCUUCACAUCUCGAUUUCACCAAAAAAUGUCAAACUGAACAUCGAUUGUCAGGAGGUGGGUGAGAAACCGAUCAAAGACGCCAACAACAUCACCACAGAGGGUUAUGAAGUUCUUGGCAAAGUGGCAAAGUCUGGCGGUUCAAAGAAGCAGUCGACCACAUUCCAGCUCCAGAUGUUUGACAUUGUCUGCAGUUUGGGCUGGACAAGUCGAGACAAAUGUUGUGAUAUUCCAGCAAUGAGAGAUGAAGCCAAAUGUCCUGCUCUUCCUCACUCCUGCACAUGUGCUCAGGACAGCAUUGGCCCUCAUGGUCCAGCGGGCCCUCAGGGUAGCCCUGGUACAAAAGGCCCACGAGGAGAGAGGGGAGAGUCUGGUUCACCGGGUCAUAUGGGACCACGUGGAGAGCAGGGUCCGCCAGGCUCAAUGGGACCACCAGGCCCACAGGGACCCAAUGGAUUGUCUAUUCCUGGUGAACCAGGGCGGCCUGGACCUAAGGGAGACCCUGGUGACCCGGGUCUACCUGGACAAAGAGGGCCCGUCGGUGCUGCUGGUCCUCUUGGCCCGGUAGGAUCUUCUGGAGGAAGGGGUCCUCCAGGAAAUGAAGGCCCGUCUGGACCAAGAGGUCCAUCAGGACCAAUGGGACCACCAGGAUCACCUGGAAUGCCAGGAAAUACCGGAAAAUCAGGAAAACCUGGAGACACUGGCCUCCCAGGACCCCUUGGCUUGAAAGGAGAGAAGGGUGAACGGGGAGACACUGCAUCCCAGAAUAUGAUGCGCUCCGUUGCAAGACAAGUCUGUGAACAGCUAGUCAACAGACAAAUGAGCAGAAUUGAUAUGAUGGUGAACCAGAUCCCCAGUAACUACAGAAGCAAUAGUCCCGGUCCUACCGGACCCCCAGGCCCUCCAGGCAACCAGGGAUCCCGCGGAGAGCCGGGUCAACCUGGACCCAGUGGUUUCCCCGGAAACUCAGGUUCGCCAGGGUCUCCAGGAGAAAGAGGAAUGCCCGGAGAGAAGGGCGAGAGAGGAAAUCCAGGUAUCGGAUCUCAGGGACAGAGAGGAUUACCUGGACCCCCAGGGCCACAAGGGCAGUCUACGACAGGGCCCCCUGGUUCCUCAGGCCAGGCCGGGCCCCGUGGACCACCAGGGCGGCAGGGAUCCCCUGGAGUGAGAGGACCUCCUGGACCUUCAGGAUACUGCGAUUCCUCUCAGUGUGUAGGAAUCCCCUACAACGGACAAGGAUACCCAGGUUUUGCAUAGUAGGCUCUCUAUACUGCCUGAUCCCUUACGCAUCCCGAGAUUAGCACACUCGCUCAUGAGUUAAUAAGGAUAACCACCGUGGAUUGAAAUGCUGAAUAUUUUUGCUGGCCGACUCUAAAACAAACAAUCAAACCAAAGAAAGGACUGGACUGCCACUAACACCAGCUGAGCGCUACUAUAUCAUACUGGGGACAGUGAUGGUUACGCACCCGUGGCCUGUUUGCUAGAACUUAAACUGCAAAGCCGCAAAAGAGAGAUUGAGGACGCAUGUCACUACUAACAAUGACCAUCAAUGUUAACAGCGGUCCGAUGACUGUACAUAAACUAAUUGUGCCUUGUAAAUGUUAAUCGAUGACACAAAUAGGUUAAAAGCAGUCAUCAUCAAAGCCUGUGCCUGAUAACUCGCUUCUUGCUGACAGCUGACGUAACCUUGUUUGUGUAUUUCUUUAUUUUUCUAUUUGUUUUGUUUUCAUUGAAACUUUUGUUGAUGUAUGCAGCUAACGCUCAGGUCAAAAUGUAGUGUGUGCCAUUAGUAACGCAACUGCAAUGCUCCUGGUACGAGUGCUGCGUUAUAAACUUGCCGCUUGUUUUUCUUCGUUUUUAUUGUAUUGUGAUUUAUGCGAUUGUAUGAUACCUCAGAGAGUUCAGAACAAGUCUCAUAACUUCCCAUUCGGUCCACAACCGAACAUGUAUACGUAUUAUAUUAGAAUAACAAUAGUUUAGGGAGAUCGAACGCAAGGUUGUGGACGACUGCAGAUCUGGGUUGGUAUGGUUGGAAUUGACGUUUGUGUAUUAUUACCUUUUUAUUACUAUGUUAUUAUUAUACGUAAAAAUGAAGAGUUGGAACGUGUUGGGUGCCAAAAGCACAUGCUGAGCUAGCCAAAUAAUAUUUCCAAGCAGGCCCCUACCAGCCGGAACCUGAAACCUACGUAGUGCCCAUACCGCCCGAGGCCUCGGAAGAUAUCGAGACACAGUCGCCAGGUUUACAAAAUCAACGUGGAAAAAGAUCGCUAUCAAGAAAGGAAGCCAAAAGAAUACAG